AUGGUUCGAAGAAGCGUAGAAGACGGUAAGGCAAUACAAGACGAAGGAUUUGAACUUGCUGAAGAUAUCUUGGACGAAGUUCAGGACAGCUUACAAAUCAUCAUAGUUCGAGGAAGCGUAGAAGACGGUCAAUCCAUACAAGACGAAAAUUUCGAACAAAAAGAAGAUUAUCAAGUUAAAGGAAUGCCAUUCAACGAUCGUGAGAUCUCUCAUAGUAUGACAAUAGGACGAGGCGUAAAAGAGAGCUGCUCUUGCGUCGAAACUCAAGGAAGCGUACAAGGCGCCCAAACAGUACAAAACGAUGUUCCUGACGCAAACAAAACACCUCUGGGAAUCGUAGAAGUAGGCAAGUUGGAUGUGUCACGGGCUGAGAGAAAGACACCUAUAGGACUGGACAAGGAUUUGAACCAAGUGCUAAAAGCAUGUGAUUCUACAUAUCUGAGGACUAACAUCACUACAUUGAUUAACCUUGUCAAUAAGAUGCCUUAUAACAAUGAUACUGAAAUGUUCCUAACUCAUAGUGAUUGGAGAGGUCAAUCAGAGAUGAAAUUCGUCUGUAUUGUCAUACGUAAGUAUAUGAUAGGCAGCUUAGAAGCAAGUGAUUAUAUAAUUUUUACUCACCUCUAUAAACGAAUAGUUCCUGCUGUCCCUGAUUGUCUUGUUCUCUUGUCCGGUUUGCUCCCUCACUCAGAAGAAUUCACUGAUACUACAAUUUCAUAUGAACUGAAAGAGUUGGUAGAAACAGCUUUCGUAUGGAAGAUCUUGAAAAGUGGCUAUCUGAAAAUUGAAAACAAACGCUUAUAUAUAAAGUAA